AAAAAAACAGAAAAGAACACGAGAAAAGUUAGCCAAAUAAAAAAGAUUUGUCUUUUUUUAUAUUUCUUUUUGAUGUAGUGAAGACAGAUACACUACAAAAGAAAACCUGAAUAAGUUCAAAAAAUCCUCCUCUUUCUUUCUAUCUCUACUUUCUCUCUCUAGAGUUUAGAAGAGUUGAUUGAGGAGGUCAUCUUCUUCAACUUUCAAUCUUUUGUUUCUCCUUCAUUUCUAUCUAAAUUAGAAAUGUUGAUUUAUCUUCUACAAUUAUGAAGCUUUGGAACUGAUUUUCAUUAUAAUUAUAAUUAUCAGAACUGUUUGCAGAAGAAGCCCCCACUUGGCACAUUUUCCUUCUCUGGUUUGGUUCUUUAGGAUAUCGAGUUGAAUGUCAUGGCGUCUUCCUCAGUUAACUCAAAGAGUCCUUUCAGAGGAUCAGAAUCAAGAAAAUCGGGUUCGUGGUGGUGGGACAGCCAUAUUGGGAGGAAUACGAAAUGGCUUGCUGAAAAUUUAGAGGAGAUGGAUCAACAUUACAAACUUAUGCUAAAGUUGAUUGAAGGAGAUGGAGACUCAUUAGCCAAGAAGGCCGACAUGUAUUAUCAAAAGAGGCCCGAAUUACUAUCUCAUGUAGAGGAGUUCUACCGGAUGUACAAAUCGCUGGCUGAGCGUUACGAACAUCUGACUGGUGAAGUGAGGAAGAACAUUCCGCCGGACCUACAAUCGCAGGGGUCCAUUGGAUCAGACGCAAGUGUUGACGUGAUUUCCAUUUGGUCCCCUCAAGAGUCAAAGAUUAGUCAUCGUAAAUCUGGCCCUCGAGCUGCUGGCUUUGACUUCUUUCUCGGCCCUAAGAAAAGUAAUAUUGAUCGGACAGUAAAAGAUGAAACACUUUCAAUAUCGGAUUCUGAGACGGAAUAUUCAGAAUCGGACGUGUCCUCUCUAUACAGUUAUCCGGGAAUAUCGGUAAACACAGGUGAAGAAGAACUGCAUUCAAAGCCCAUGGAAUCAGAAACCGAGAGUUGUGAUGUGGAGAAGUCGCCGCUGCAGCAGCAAGAAAAUCGUAAUGGGUCACUAAGGAAAAUUAGUAGCGGUACUUUCGACUAUAUGCAUCCAAAAAUUAUAGAUUAUGAAGAAGAAUUGAGACUGGCAAAAGAAAAGAUUCAGUCGUCUGAAGACGAGAUUGCUAACUUGAAAAUCGAGCUUCAAAAGUUUAGAUCCUUCGAUCCUGCCAGUUAUUCGUUGCUCGAGGGUCCUGAUGUUGGAAGUAGUGUAGCCGUGGAGCUUCAGGAAACAGACAGUAAAACAGAUGUAGAUAUUUCUCGACCAGAAGAAAAGACCCGAGUUCUUUCUGAAGAGUUGAGAAUCGCAAAGUGGAGGCUUGUGGUUUUAGAUAACGAGGUGACACGAUUAAGAAAAGAAAACAACGAAUCCUCUGAAAAUAUAAAGAAAAUGAAGGAUCUGCUUAAAAUAGCUCAGAAGGAUGCUGCGACUUGGAAAGCGAAGAUUGAGUCUGAGAAACGACAGUCAGCCAAGUUGCAGGAGAGGAUUGCGAGGUACAAAGUCAGUUUAACAGACCGUGAAAAUGAGGUUCGGGAUUUGAAAGACGUGAUUUCUGACGCUAAUCGCAAGUAUCAGCUUCAUGCUGAAAUAUCUAGGUUGAACGACGAAAAAAAUCGUUUGGAGGAGAAACUCAGGGAAUCGGAAGUGAACUAUCAUUUGCUCGAAACGCAGCAUGAGGUUUUGGAAAGAAAAUUAAACGAAGAAAUCGAGCAACUUAAGGCAGAAAUCGCUGACAAGACACAUAGGGUGGAAACAUUGGAAACCGACCUUGAUGCAUACAAACUAAAAUACGAGAACUUAUCAAACGAGAGAGACAAGCUCGAGACUGAAUUAACUGCGAGAAAUGAUCGGAUUGCUGAAACGGAAAAACGUCUGCAACGGUUGGUUGCGGAAAAAGAAGGGACACGUAGAGAGGUCGAGGAACUGCGAGAAGAGAUUGAGAAACAAAAAGUCGUCAUUCUUGAAGCUGCUGAAGGAAAACGGGAAGCAAUUAGACAGCUAUGUUUCUCCCUCGAGCACUAUAGGAACGGUUACCAGCAACUCCGACAAGCCUUCACCGAGCACACCCAGCUUCAUGUUUACGCAUCCUAAUAAACUUCGACAGGCCUGAUUCGUGUACAUACGUCUUCUAGUUCCUUUUGUUGUUCGACAUAACAUGAUCAGCGUUUCCUACAAGCAUAUUGCUAGACUCUUAUCUCCGCGUGCUUAGAAUUAGCUUGACAGAACUCAGUAUGGUCUGCUCGGUGGUAGUAUUCGGCAGCUUAAUACAUGAAAGAUCGGUGCAUCGUUUUCGUUUAUGUUUGAUGGUGGAGGUGAUAUAGAGGUCCAAACCCAUGAUGUUGGGUCAUGCAGAACUGGUCUCCCUUACUGUGGAAGAUCUACAGUGUGUUUUGUGAUUGAGUGAUUUUAUUUAACCAACUUUUCAGCAGAAUAACCUUAUUGAUUGAUACACUUUGAACACUUGUAAAGUUUUUACAUCCAUUAUUUGGUUUGCUCAUUUGUAAGUUAUGGAGGUUUUUUGUGUGAUUUUGAUUUACUUACAUUGUAAAAUUCAUUUAUGAAUAUUGACAUAAUCAUAAUAUAAAUUAUUGACA